AUGUCAACAUUAGCUAAAAGUUCUAAAACAUCAGAAUAUCAAAAAGAGCUCUCCCGUAACAGACAAAAGCGUUUCAGAGAUAAAAAAAAUAAAAAUAAUACUCUAUUCACCAUUAUCGACUUUGAAAAACUUAAAUGCUUACUUACAACUGAAAUUCCAACUAUUGUAAUUAAACCUCUUUACACUAAUCCCAAUUUAAUUAAUAUCUGUCCUAAUCGAAGACCCUACCCAAGUCGCAUUAAGACUUUACGCUAUGAUAUGAGAAGAAUGGACCAAACCUGUAGAUAUUGCAAAGCUAAAUUUUGGAUACUAGAAAAGAACCAAAAUAGUGGUCUCGCUUUUCCAAGAUUUUCCGUUUGCUGUGUCAAUGGCAAAGUAAAAUUGCCUUUUUUAUUUCAACCACCCCCACAUUUACUAGAACUAUAUACUUUAAAUACACUUCUCGCCAGUGAAUUUCAAAAAAAUGUUAGAGGCUAUAAUACAGUUUUAGCCUGCACAUUCUUUGGUUCUAAUUCUAUUGUUAUCAGAAAAAGGCAACUCUCUAGCAUUUGCUCAAUAUAUAUCUAUGAUACUGCAUAUGAAGUUGAAAAUCAUCUUAAUGUCAUGGAUGAUUUGAAUCCUAAAAUUUUACAAACCUUACAAAAUAUACUCGAUGAAUGCAACCCUUAUAUUUAA